AUUGAUUUUUUAAGACAAGGAUUCUGGAAAGCUGGAGGUUUCAAGAAUAUCUAUUCAGGAUUAGGACCAGCUGCUGUGGGAUCUGCGCCAAAUGCCGCAAUAUUUUUCUGUACAUAUGACAGUGUCAAGAAGUUGGCCAAACAAAAAGGAAUAAGUGAGAGCUCAGGUGUUCAUAUGUUUGCUGCAAGCUGUGGAGAAAUUACCGCUUGUGUUGUGCGGGUACCUGUAGAAAUUAUUAAACAAAGACGACAGGCCUCCUCAGCAACUUCUAGCCUAGGUACAUACUACAUAUAUACAUGUACAUUCCUUCAGUUUGCGUUGACUAUGUACACAUGUACUGGGUACUGUUCAGUGUACAGUCAACAACUUUUUGUUUUGAAUUUAAAAAAUACAUCUAAAAAUUGUAUAGAGUUUUGUUGGGAGAGCUCUGAAUAUUUGGUAUUUCAGAUCUGCAUAUUAUCUUUUAUUAUUUUAAAUCUUUUUGGGGGAUUUCACAAAACUUUUAAUUUUAAUUUCAGGGAAAUUCCUUUCAGUUUAAUUCAGUUCCCACUUUGGGAGUUUCUUAAAAAAUCAGUUGAAUCAAAAACAGGCCGUGAACCUUCUCCCCUUGAAUCGUCUUUAUGUGGUGCAGCCUCAGGAGGAUUUGCGGCAGCACUCACAACACCAUUGGAUGUUGCUAAAACAAGGAUUAUGUUGGCACCUGCUGGAUCAAAGGAGGCAUCUUUAGGAAUUGUUUCUACUCUACAGCUAGUCAAACAGCAGAAGGGAGUCAAUGGACUUUUUGCAGGUUUAGUUCCCCGAGUUUCGUGGAUUUCUAUCGGAGGCGCUGUUUUCUUCGGGGUUUAUGAGACAGUCAAACAAAUAUUAUCCUAGCUGUGAUAUUUUAUUAUAAGUGUUAGUCCAGCUGUGACAGUUAAAAAUGAAUUUUUAUUCCAGCUGUGACAGUAAAGAUAAAUGUUAUUCCAGCUGUGACGGCUUAAAAAUAUAUUUUCCAGCUGUGACAGCUGAAGAAAAAUUUUAUUCCAGCUGUGAUAAUUCAAGAUAAAUGAUAUUCCAACUGUGACUGUAUAAGAUAAAUUUUAUUCCAACUGUGACAGUUAUAGAUAAAUGUUAUUCCAGCUUUGACAGUUUAAGAUACAUUUUAUUCCAGCUGUGACAGUUUAAGAUGAAUGUUAUUUCAGUUGUGCAGUGUAAGAUAAAAGUUAUUUCAGCUGUGACAUUGUAAGAUAAAUUUUCAUCUUAGCUGUGACAGUCAAGCAAAUGUUAUCCAAAUUGUGACAGUUAAAAAUGAAUAUCAUCUCAGCUGUGACUGAUUGGAGUAAAAGAGAAUCAACAAUUAAAACUUGUAAACUUUACAAUAAGAACAUGGAUAACUCAUUCAUUCUUGGCCAUGAAAAGCUUGAUGGGUACCAGUUCAUAGGACAUGCCACGCUAUAAAUUGAGUGUCAUUUAAAUAUACGCCUACAGUCCUUUUAACCCCAAAGGCUGUGAUAGUUGAUUUUCUAAUCUGCAGUUAAAAUAUUAUGUAUUUCGAAACUGCUUAUGUACAUAAGUGUAUUUAGAAUCUGCUAAUGUACAUCAAUGUUAACAUUUAACUCCAAACAACUAAAUUGAUACAUAUUGUGUACACUAAUGUUUAUAGACCUAAUAUCCCUAAUGUGCCCACAAACCAUGACUUGACUGCUAGAAACCUGUUUUAUCAAAACAAUUUUCUCUGCAGUUCUGACACAGUCACAGUUAAAUAUAUGGUAAUCCAACCACACCCCCACUUAUUUCUACACACAUUGGUAUACAUAUAUUGCCUUUUCUAGUCUAAUCUGGGAAUAAAAUCAAACUGUUGGUUUUAACAGAUGUUGAAUAAUCAUUUUAUAGUCUGAUUUUUUAAAACUGAUUGUAUAACAUGUAGGGAUUUUGAAAUAUUAAUUGCUAUUUUUGA